CAGAUGGAGUCGGAGUGCGCGCAGUUCGUGGCGGACCGCGCCGAGCGCACGCGGCUGCUGCACGACCGCCACGAGCGCGAGCUCGACCACUUCGACAACGAGAGCGCGCGCCUCGGCUUCAGCGCUAUGGCGAUAGCGGAAGGCAGCCGGGAGGGCUACGGCGAGGAGGAGCAGUCACUCUCGGGCUCCAUGCUGUCCCUGGCGCACUCCAACUCGUCGGCGUCGUUCCCCGCCGGCUCGCUUUAGUCGCGCCGCGCCGCUGUUGCCAAACCGCCCGAGUCGCUGCCCAGGUUGACCCUCUCCCUUUUCCCGGUCUCGUGUAGCCCCCCCGCUAGGUAGAAACUUGAACUAGGGCUAGGAAGCACGCCGCGAUAUGCUUUGUCGCGCCAUUUUAUCGAUUUGGCGAGAGUGAAUAGUUAACAGGGCAGAUAUGUACCAUCCUAGACUGCAU